AGUCAUGCCGAAUACAUAAUGCUUGGCUAGCAACUUUUACACAAGUUAUCAAAGAAAGCAAUGCACAUUUUAUUGCCAUACAUAUGCAAGAAGUUGGUGGGAAAAAUUUUGAGGAAUGUAUCGGUCAGGUACCAACUUUUUAAAUCAUGUAACAACUAUCAUGCAUGAAAUGGGUUAUUCAACUGGUCGUGCCUAUCUGGAUCUUGAGUUUGAUCUACCUGAAAGUUAUAAUGCCCUUGGUUCAUUAUUUUUCAUUAAUGAUGUGACAUUACCACGGAUACGACAAUAUGAUUUUAUGGCGAAACAAUUUGUUAAAUUGGAAAAAGUUUUUGAAUCAUAUGAUCGUGGUUUACUAAAAUGUCGAAUGUUGCGUAAAGCGAAAUUUCCGAAAGAUUUUUGGCCAACUGUUAAAUGGGGUCGAAAAGGAUAUAUGCAUUGUCGAUUUCGUAUCGAUCAAACUGUAUUCGAUUUUGUCAAUGUACAUCUGUUUCAUGAUGAAUCGAACAUUGCGCUGAUACAUGAG